AUGUCAUUGUCCGGAGCCGGCAGCAAUCAGGUGGCCCUUCUUUCCACAUGCCAAACAGAGGCCAAGUUUCAUCCGGCGUUGUUUCUCCACCUCCACCGUAGUCUUGGGUUUGCCCUCUCGUCCUGGAGCCGCUGCCGCCUUCCCUUGCUGGAAAGCCGCCCGCUGCUUGGCCAGCUUGAUCCGCUCCCUGGUAGCCUCCGCCUCCCCAGCACAACGAAUCCAGUCUUGGAGGUCCGUGGGCGACUCCUUCAUCAGGAUCCACUCCAGCAGUUCUGCGCGGAGCCCAUCCUGGAACUGGCGCGUCAUCAUCGCGUCCGGAUAGUCCGUAAUAUUGGAUGCCACCCUCCGGAACUCCAUCACGUACUCGGCCACCGAUCUGCUUCCCUGCUGCAAGGUGGCGAACUUGGCUUUCGCCCGAUCCACGCGGAAUGGGUCCUCGAACCUUGCACGAAGAGCCGUCAUGAAGGCAUCCAGGGACCGCAGCUCAGGAGCCCCACAAUCAUACAGCUGCACCAACCACUGAGCCGCUUGGCCCUCCAGUCGGCCGGCCACACAUCUCACCUUCUCGGCUUCAUCCGGGAAGUAGUCCCCUCUCGCCCGCAUGUGUCCCGCCACCUGCGCGAGGAAGAAGGGAAGCUGCUCCGGGUCUCCGUUGAACUUAGCCUCCAGCUUACCAGCCAGCAGCUCCCGCAGUGCCUCUGCUUCCCCACGAUGACUGCGUGCGGUUCCUCCCGCUCCUCGCCGACGAGAGGGCGGCCUGGAGCCCUGGACAUCUUCGUCCUCCUCCUCCGAGUCGGAGUCCUCCUCCAGGUCCAGCCGACGGGCUGCCCUGGCGGCGGUGGCUACUGGUGCCAGAAGAUCAGCUGGUUUCAUAUUCUUUUUGUUCGCUUGUUUGAUCACCCAGCUGAUGAAGUGUACUCCUCUGUGGAUUUAGUACAAGAGCAAUCCUAA